GCGGGUGCGCGAGCAGCGCGCUCCCGCCGCCCGAGUCGCCAUCUUUUUCCCCCUCCGUCUGUCUGUCUGCCGUUGGCUUUGUCCGUCUGCAGCGCCGCCCCUCGGCUCCCUGCCACCGGCUAGGCUCGGAGCGCCCUCCGCCCGCCGGGGUCCAGUCUUGGAGAGCCCCGGCCCGGCCGGCCCAAGCUGCGGCCCGGGGCCCAUUGUCCGGCGGUCCGUCUGUCCGGAGGCGGGGCCCAGGAACCCGGAGCGCCGUAGAGCGCCGAGGCGCCGGAUACAAAUCACUGAGAUUCAGGAGAGUUUACUUUGCUCCGUGGGAACUGCACCAGAGCUGGAGGUCUGAAAAAGAAUUGUGUUUGAUAUGCAGAUAUGAUAGAAGACUGCCUGAAAGCUGCUUCCUUUGCCACUUCCUGUGGAGGCCUGUCUUUGCCAUUUGCGGUUUCUUUCUUCUCUUGGUCAGCACCUUGCAAGGAGGUAGUAUCAUCCAGUCGUGAAACUGGGAAAAGCCAGAGCUCUUGGAUCAGGGAAACAUGUCCCGUCGGAAACAGACAAAUCCAAAUAAAGUUCACUGGGAUCAAGUAUUUGCUGGGCUAGAAGAGCAAGCCCGCCAGGCGAUGAUGAAAACUGAUUUUCCUGGAGACCUGGGCAGUCAGCGACAAGCUAUCCAACAACUAAGAGAUCAGGACUCCAGUAGCAGUGACAGUGAGGGUGAUGAAGAGGAGACCACACAAGAUGAAGUCUCUUCCCACACAUCCGAGGAAGAUGGAGGGGUGGUCAAAGUGGAAAAAGAGUUAGAAAAUGCAGAACAGCCUGUUGGUGGGAACAGAGUGGUAGAGCCUGAGGUCACGGAGAAUUUGAAUUCUGACCCCUUGCUUGGACUCUGCCAGUGUCCCCUCUGCCAGCUUGACUGUGGGAGUCGGGAGCAGCUGAUUGCUCAUGUGUACCAGCACACUGCUGCAGUGGUGAGCGCCAAGAGCUACAUGUGUCCUGUUUGUGGCCGGGCCCUUAGCUCCCCAGGGUCACUGGGUCGCCACCUCUUAAUCCACUCGGAGGACCAGCGGUCUAACUGUGCUGUGUGUGGAGCCCGUUUCACCAGCCAUGCCACGUUUAACAGUGAGAAACUUCCUGAAGUACUUAAUAUGGAAUCCCUACCCCCAGCCCACAGUGAGGGCCCCUCCAGUGCUGAGGGGAAGGACAUUGCCUUUAGUCCUCCAGUGUACCCUGCUGGAAUUCUGCUUGUGUGCAACAACUGUGCCGCCUAUCGGAAGCUGCUAGAAGCCCAGACCCCCAGUGUACGUAAGUGGGCCCUGCGUCGACAGAACGAGCCUUUGGAAGUCCGGCUGCAGCGGCUGGAACGAGAGCGCACGGCCAAGAAGAGCCGGCGGGACAAUGAGACCCCAGAGGAGCGGGAGGUAAGGCGCAUGAGGGACCGGGAAGCCAAGCGCCUACAGCGCAUGCAGGAGACAGACGAGCAGCGGGCACGCCGGCUGCAGCGAGAUCGGGAGGCCAUGAGGCUGAAGCGGGCCAAUGAAACCCCGGAGAAGCGGCAGGCCCGGCUCAUCCGGGAGCGGGAGGCCAAGCGACUCAAGAGGAGGCUGGAGAAAAUGGACAUGAUGUUGCGAGCUCAGUUUGGCCAGGACCCUUCUGCCAUGGCAGCCUUAGCAGCCGAAAUGAACUUCUUCCAGCUCCCUGUGAGCGGGGUGGAGUUGGACAGCCAGCUCCUGGGCAAGAUGGCCUUUGAAGAGCAGAACAGCAGCUCUCUGCACUGAACCACACUCUCCUGCCUGCCUUCCUACUCACCCACCCACCUGAGCUCACAUGGAUCAGUGCUGCAGCUACCCCAGGGCCCUGUCCUUGCUGCUGGAGGCAGGCCCGGGUUGUGGACCUGUGUACCCCUUGCAUGUGGGAGCAGGAUGAUGGGAUCAGGAGGGAUCCGGCUCAAGGCAGCUCUGGACAAGGGAGCAGGCACUCCAGAGGACUGGACUCCCUGACCACUGCUGCAGGGCAUGCACCUAAGACUUUUGGGCCCCUUUGUGGCCCAUGGAGUUGUGAGGGCAAAUAAAUUAAUCUUAUCUUUA